AUGGAUAUAAGCAGUAACGAGGAGGAAGAUAUGUUUUCGCUUACGAAAAGGGUAAAAAAGUCCCAUGAAGAAAACCGCGAUUUUUUUAGUGACUUGCCAGACUCGAUUCUGGUUCACAUUCUUUCCUUUCUACCGCUACGUGAUGCCAUCAGAACUGUUGUUCUUUCGAGAUUCGGUAAACUUUGGCUUAGUUUGCCGGUUCUUGAUUUGGACAACUGUGUGUACCAUGAGGAUGAUGAAGAUACAGAUGUCCUGAUUUGUGACUAUGAAAACUUCAUGCAUGUAGUUCAUCAGGUUUGGAAUCAUCAUGAUGAGAACACGCUGGAUAAAUUGCACCUCAGAUUUGCCCUUGCGUUGUCUUAUUCACAUUACACUGAGUCAGAUCUUAAUAAUCCCAACCUUAGUGUUUAUGAAAGACGGAAGGUGGAUAAAGAGAGGGCCGCCUUAUAUCAAGUGGGGAAAUUAAUCAGUUAUGCCGUGAGCAGAAAAGUCAAGGUUUUGGAUAUCGAUCUUGAGGGUUGUGAUUUUCUUGAACAAUAUUAUGAGUUACCCGAUGUUUUAAGUACUAGUUACUUGGCGAAUUUAGAGUUGACCGCUUGUGACAUUAGAUCUUGCGAGCAAAUAAAUCUGCCGGCACUGAGAGUAUUGUCUCUCCAUAACGUUUUAUUGAGUGAUGAAGCCAUAGAAAGAAUCUUGACUGGUUGUCCGUUUCUUGAGGAUCUGUCUGUGGUUGAUUGUCAUGGCUUUCGCCAGUUGAAUUCCAAAAACCCAAACUUGAAGAAGCUGAUGCUUGAUGUGGCCGUGAAUAGCUGGAUUGUGUUCGUGGAGUGUCCUCACGUAGUGUCAAUACGAAUAACUGGAUGGAUCGAGGGUGUGUUUUUGCAUCAUGUCUCAUCUUUGGUCGAAGCUUCCGUCGACUAUAUCUGCUUGUUCAGAUGCAAGGACAAAAAUUAUUCUCUAGUGCGGGCCCUACUGUUCAUGGCUAGCCGGUGCAGGACUUUCAGCAUAUGCGAUGGGAGUGUUUUGGUGAUGUCAAUAUGGAAGUUGAAGAAUGUCGUUUGCCCACAGUUCCAAUGGAAGCAUAUCAAUGUUAAACUUCAUCUCACAAAAUGGGACCUUCCCGGGCUUUCUCUCCUCCUGAAACAUUCUUCUUCUUCUCUCGUGGAACUUACAAUGCUUGCCCUUGGUCAAUCUGACUCGUUCUUUCAGACUGCUGACGCAAAAUGGAUUUGGGAAUAUGAUUUUGAUGGAGAGGGAUACUUGAACUCACAGGAGGCAACCUUACCCUGCCUCAAGAGCAUUAGGAUACAUAGCUGCCAUACAGGCGACCCGUAUCUCAUCCAGAUUGUGAAAUUUCUGCUGAAAAAUACUCCUAGGUUGCAGAAAAUGGUAAUUACGACCGAGAAAGAAUUUACCUCUGAACAACAACUGUUUGAGCUCUCGGAGGAGUUAUCAACGUCACCUAGAGCCUCAUCGGAGGCAUUGGCGGAAGUGUAUCCCCGUAUCCCCUCGCAACUCACAACGACACUGCAACCGGCCCGAGGCACCGAACACCAACCAGAUGAAGAGAACCGAAGCUCAAUCACCAACUCCCAGUCUGCCCUAGGUAAAUCGGACUACUGCCUCCGCAAGACCCGACGGACGAAGCCCGAGAGCCACAUCUGUCGGCCGGACCCCAUUUCCCACCCCAGAAAUCGAGAGUUCAGGGAGCGCCACAGUCACGACCAACACACCGGCCACCGGCAGGAGCGCCGGCACCGGACCCUAUUCCUCACCGACAACCGAUACCACCAACACGACCCGGCGGCCGAAGCACCACCAAACAGAGAAGGGAAAACCGACCAUACCUGGAAGAGUGAGGUCUGGCCAGGACCGCCCUAG